AUGAAAAAAUCCCUUCCAAAGUUAAAAAAAGGAAAUACAUCCCGAUCCCAUAACUCCCUAAGUGAUGCCAAUUCUGUAAUUUCUCAUGAAUCAAUCCAAGAACAGUCAUCAGAAUCUCAGCAAAAAAACCCUCAAACCAAAGACCAAACAGAAAUCAAGGCUUCAGUUUUAGUAGAAUACUAUUGAAGAUCAGCCAAAGAGCACUGGAGCAAGCGUGAUUUCAAAGGCGCUCUCCAGGCCACUGACAAAAUUCAAGAAAUGAUGCACAACGCAAAUGAUAUGAAAGGCCUGGAGUCUACUUUCAGCUUCAAGGGUGAUAUUUUCCUUGACAAUAAUAACGUAAAAGAAGCUCUUAUUUGUUACCAGCAGCAGAAGAACCUUGCCGAACAAAACAAAGACUAUAAGGACAAAAUGCUUGCUUAUAAGCAGCUUGGACAUUGUUACAAACUGCUUAAAGAAUAUAGGCUUGCCUUGAUUAAUUUCAAAAAAUUGCUGCAGCUGGCAUGGUCUCAGAAUAGUAUAAAAUGGGAACUUUUGGCUUAUGACUAUAUCGGGAUGCAAUAUUAUUAUCUUGGAGAUCUAGAUAGAGCUAAAUAUUACCACGACAGAAUGUGGAAAGGAAUAUUAGAAGACAAAACUUCACCAGUCAGGGAAUUAUCUAUGAAAGCUCUUGAGGCAAAACAACAGAGAAAAAACAAUGUUGACGAGAGAAGAGAAAAAGGACCUGCAAAAAGCUUGUUUUUUGGGCCACGAGACCAUAACUCUUACUAUUUGAAUGGCUCAGACGACGAUGAAAGCGAAUUGCCUUCUCCAAGAACGAGCUCUGGAAAUGGAGAUGUGAGACUGUUACCUCAUUUUAAGGUUAGAAGAGAAGAGGAAAAGAAGCGCCACUCAAAAACUGCAUUUGUAAAGCAUGGGUCAAGAGGUAAUGAAUUUAAAAAUUCGUCAUCUCAUAAGAGAAUUGGGGAGAGGGUGAAACCUUUUAUAUUGCUAAGCCAUUUAUCACCAAUUGAGUCACUGAAGAAUUUCUACUAUGUCGAGCAAAUGCACUCACUGAGAUAUCGAGAUUCACAUAAAAAUAUAAAUAAUGUGGGAAAUUAA